AGGCCCAUGGGUAACCUUGUCAGACAGGGAUUUCAAUUUUAUCUUCUCAUUUUCAUCUCAUGUUGCAGAAAACCUUUCCCCUCUACAAUUCUGUCUUUCUACACGUGAUCAAAGAUGCUUCACAACUCUGGUGAACUCUGCUAUCUUGGGAUGUCCAAAACAAAACUAUAUGUCCUUCUGGGCUACUUCUUCUUGUCUUCAGCGCUUGUUGGGGCACGAAGUUCCAAAACUCAUCCAGAUGAAGGUAGCUUUUUUUGUGUCUUGAUUUAAUAGUAGAGGUGUCAACACUAUGCGUUCAGUAUUCAAGUUUCCUAUUCUAUUUCAAAUCCAAUUUUUAUUCCGAUUAUGAUUUUUAAAAUCCUAUAAAUACCCUUCUAAAUU